AUGGGACAGACGAAGAUCUGUUUGAAGGAAUUGACCAGUGUUAAACGAAAAUUCUUUGAGCCAAUAGAUGAUUAUUUGAAUAGAUUCUGUUUGCUUAAGGCCAGAUGUUUUGCACAAGUUCCUGAGCAUGAAUUGGUCGAAAAGGCCGUUAGUGGCCUUGAUUAUUCCAUUAGGAAGAAACUGGAUACCCAAUAUCUAAGGGACAUGGCCCGGUUGGCUGACAGAGUUCGACAAGUAGAGCGCCUAAAGGCUGAAAAAGCUAGGGCAAAUAAGAAUAAUAGGAGGGAAAGGGUAACCUACGUCGAAAUGGAUGAAGAUAAUCCAGAAACGUAUAGUGGUCUCCUAGAUUUCGACGAAAGCAAAGUGGGCCUCGCUGAAUUGAAGCAAGGACCACCUUACUCUUGCAAAGUCCUAGCGCCUUCGAAUGGAAAAAACACAGUCGAACUGGAAAAGAGUGAUACUUUCCCUAAGAGAACAUACACCUUCGACAUCACCAAGUGUGAUAAGAUUUUCAAAUUAUUAGUUAAAGGUGGCCAGAUGAUAGUUCCUCUUGGUGCUAAAAUACCUCAUCUAGAACAAAGAAAAAAGAGGGGGUUUUAUAAGUAUCAUAAUUUUUUGGGCCAUAAAACUUCACAAUAUUUUAUCUUCAGGGAUCUUGUGCAGAAGACUAUCAAAGAUGGAUGGCUCAAGUUCAAAGAUAGGGUGAAGUCUCAAAUGAUAAUCGAUUUAGAUCCUCUCCUGGAGGUAGAGGCUCACUUGGAUGAACCAUCUUUUGUUAAUAUGGUGUAA